UCGCGGCUGGAAUGGGAUUUCUAUUAUAUACUGUUAGCCUUUCGUAAACAUAGAGUGCGGGUGAAGCCCUUACGGACUUUCGAUAAAAAGAAAUUGUCGUGGAGAAUGUAGAGCGGAUGUGGAGACAUUCCGGGAAACACUUCCGAUGUGCGUGCCAUCCUGUCGUACACCCACACCCGAUAACUUUCGUAAUGAAGAAAAUGGUGUCAUAAUUUCCAGCACAUCCAAAGUGCGAAACUAUUGCUUGGGGAUUGCCUAUCGGUUGGAUGCCGUCUUUGGUUUAUUGGUUCGGCGCAUUCUAGGUUUUACUGUGUAAAUGGUGGAGACGAGAAAGAGUGAGCUUGGGAAGGAGCAUUUCCACGCUAACCAGCAUGGCCAACCUGGCGUCGACGUACCGGAAUCAAGGCCGGUGGAAGGAGGCUAAAGAGCUGGAGGUGGAAGUAAUAGAGACGAGAAAGAGGGUGGUUAGCGAGGAACGUCAGGGGGUAUCUCCUCUCGAACUCCGGCACGAAUCGAGGCUCAUUGUGGUGAUUGUUUCCUAUUAGAAGCGUAUAGCU